ACUCAGGCCUCCCGGGCCUCCUCAGGUCCCCACCAGACUCCUUCUGCUCUCAGGGCCUUUACCCUUACUCUGCCCCCUGCCAGGAAUGUGCUUUGGCCAGCUCCAUCUUCCUCCAGAUCUCCCACCUCACCACCUCUGAGAGGCUCCUCCUGAUUCCUUCACCUGCCCUAUUCUACCCUGGCAGACAGCACUCAAUCAUUCCACUCAUGUGUCUGGCACUUUCUCAACACAGGGUUCUGGUGUAUACUCCCAGCUCACUCUCUCCAUCCAGUCCCUUAGGCGACAGGGACUUAGCACCUGCCAUUGACCAGGUGCCCUUCCAGGCACUGUUGUAGGAAUUGCAGGUACAGGAACAGACAGGACGAGCAAAAAAUCACCAUCCCUCUGGGGCUUACAGUCCCUACGAGGAAUGUCAAUGUGCCAAGUGUUGUGCAGGGAAAUGAGGCCCAGAAGAAGGUGGGCUUGGGCACCAGGCAUUAGCCAGUAUAGCCCAGAAGGCCUCCCUGAGGAAGUGGCCCCCAAACAGAGACCUGCAGGGGGGUAGGGAGUGAGAUCAAGGCCCACAGGAAUACUGUUCCAGGCCGGGGGAAUACCAUGAGCAAAGGCCUGGAGGUGGAACCCACUAGGCACUUUCCGUAAGGGGCAGGCACACACAUGUACCAGGAAGACUGAGAACAAGGUCUCCUAGGCCAACUGCCGGGGGCCUAGGGCCUUGGAAGCAGUUCUGAUCAUCUUUGCCACGUGCAAAGGCCCAGAACACAGUAGGCACUCAGUGAAUGGGUGGAAAUGUGCCAAAGCCUGCACCUUAUCCUGCCCCCACAUCAGCCCCAUGAGGUUGCAAGGAGGAAACUAAGACCUGGAGGCACGUCACAGCCCUGAGGCCACACAGCUGGGAGUGGCUGAGCCAGGACGCCUGGGCCCAGCUCAGACCACGUGCGCCCACCAACAUCCCCAGCGCUCAGCACACAUCCCACUGCCUUCGUGGCUAUUCCAGCAGCGCCCCGCCUAUUUUCUCUAGAGCACUGACCCCCCUGGGAUGUCAUUUUUCGUCAGCGCCCAGACCCUGCAACUAGCACACGAGCACCACGUGGCCAGGUGUGCGUCUCGUUUCGCUGGCAUCUGCGGUGCCCAGAACCGUGACCUGCGCUCACUAGGACUCUGCAGAUAACCACUAAGACCUAUUGAGUCUGGAAGAUAGAGCAGAAAUGGGGAAGUUGGUGAAAGAAAAUAAAACCUCCCCAAGCCCCCCAGCACACCUACCUGAAUGGUGGCUCACACAGGAGCAAGUGACCUUUGAGGACGUGGUUGUGGACUUCACCCAGGAGGAGUGGGGGCAGCUGGAGCCUGCCCAGAGGACCCUGUACCAUGAUGUGAUGCUGGAGACCUUCAGGCUCCUGGUCUCCGUGGAUUUGGAAACUCGACCCAAAACCAGACUGUCAGCUCCAAAGCAAGACGUCACGGAGAGAACAGCCAGCAGUGUCCUGGUGGGAAGGUUCCUGGGGGACAGCCUGUGGUACCUGGAGGGUGGCGACGCCGAGGGCCGCCGGGGACAGAGCCGUGCAGUGCGAGCAGCCCUCACGCCUGGGAAGACGCCCGCGCAGCAGCAGGGCAAUGGGUUCGGGGAAAACCUGACUCUGAACCCCAGAGUCCCGCCUCAGCCACUGGCUCCUGAAAGACACGGCCUCCGCAUGCCGGGGACGCGCGGGAAGAGGGGCAAGCCAGAACCAGAGUUCAGUGCCCAACGGAAAACGGACGCAAAGGAGAAGCCCUACAAAUGCCAGGCCUGUGGAAAGGCCUUCGGUCACAGCUCAGCACUUGCCGAGCACCACCGCACGCACACGGGAGAGAGACCCUAUGAGUGUCACGAAUGCGGAAAAGGCUUCCGAAACAGCUCAGCACUUGCCAAACACCAGAGAAUCCACACCGGUGAGAAACCGUACAAGUGCACUCAGUGUGGGAAAACCUUCAACCAGAUUGCCCCACUGAUCCAGCACCAGAGGACUCACACAGGGGAGAAGCCCUACGAGUGCGGGGAGUGCGGCAAGGCCUUCAGUUUCAGGUCCUCCUUCAGUCAGCACGAGCGGACUCACACGGGGGAGAAGCCCUACGAGUGCGGGGAGUGCGGCAAGGCCUUCCGGCAAAGCAUCCACCUCACCCAGCACCUGCGAAUCCACACGGGGGAGAAGCCCUACGAGUGCGGGGAGUGCGGCAAGGCCUUCAGCCACAGCUCGUCCCUGACCAAACACCAGCGCAUCCACACGGGGGAGAAGCCCUACGAGUGCCGCGAGUGUGGGAAGGCCUUCACGCAGAUCACACCGCUGAUUCAGCACCAGAGGACCCACACGGGAGAGAAGCCGUACGCGUGCAAUGAGUGUGGGAAGGCCUUCAGCCAGAGCACGCUCCUGACCGAGCAUCGGAGGAUCCACACGGGAGAGAAGCCCUAUGGGUGCAACGAGUGUGGGAAGACCUUCAGCCACAGCUCAUCGCUCAGCCAGCACGAGCGGACUCACACGGGGGAGAAGCCCUACGAAUGUCAGGAUUGCGGGAAGUCAUUCAGGCAGAGCACGCACCUCACUCAGCACCAGAGGAUCCACACGGGGGAGAAGCCCUACGAGUGCGGGGAGUGCGGCAAGGCCUUCAGCCACAGCUCGUCCCUGACCAAACACCAGCGCAUCCACACGGGGGAGAAGCCCUAUGAAUGUAACGCGUGUGGCAGAGCCUUCAGCCAGCUCGCCCCCCUCAUUCAGCACCAGAGGAUCCACACGGGGGAGAAGCCCUAUGAGUGUAACGCAUGCGGCAGAGCCUUCAGCCAGAGCUCCCUUCUCAUAGAACACCAGAGGAUUCACACUAAGGAGAAGCCCUACGGGUGCAACGAGUGUGGAAAAUCCUUCAGCCACAGCUCAUCGCUCAGCCAGCACGAGCGGACUCACACGGGGGAGAAGCCCUACGAAUGUCAGGAUUGCGGGAAGUCAUUCAGGCAGAGCACCCACCUCACUCAGCACCGGAGGAUCCACACAGGAGAGAAGCCAUAUGCGUGCAGGGACUGUGGGAAAGCCUUCACACACAGCUCGUCCCUCACCAAGCACCAGAGAACUCACACCGGGUAGGCCCACGUCACACUCGCUGGGACGUGGGAAAGCCUCAAGUCAUAGCUCAUCCCUUACCAGACUUGACCCAGGCACUCUCAACAGAAACAACACAAGUGUAUGCAUAUGCAAGCCUUGGCACACAGUACACGCCCCGGACACCCUCAGAGAGAAGUGAUGGAAAGGACUGUGGGAGUUUGGAGCUCUAGGUCACCCAUCCCCGGGUAUCAGAUCAUCCAGACAGUAGUAGGGAGGUGUGGAGUUAGGUCACCCAUCCCCGGAUAUCAGAUCAUCCAGACAGUAGUAGGGAGGUGUGGAGUUAGGUCACCCAUCCCCGGAUAUCAGAUCAUCCAGACAGUAGUAGGGAGGUGUGGAGUUAGGUCACCCAUCCCCGGAUAUCAGAUCAUCCAGACAAUAGUAGGGAGGUGUGGAGUUAGGUCACCCAUCCCCGGAUAUCAGAUCAUCCAGACAGUAGUAGGGAGGUGUGGAGUUAGUGUUGAGGACUUUCAGUCAUGGGUGCCCACUAAUGCUACAUCAUAGAACCUACAGAAAAGAGAAA